AUGACGAGAGGUUGUGGAUGUCCAUUAGAACAAGAUUUAAGAUUUUUAAUAAAUAACCCAAAGUAUAGUGAUAUAGAAAUUUUAUGCGAAGAUGAAAAGAAACUAUAUGGUUGUAGAGCAAUUUUGGCCGCGAGGUCUGAAAUGUUUGACAAAUUACUUUAUAAUGGGAUGAAAGAAACCUAUGAAAAUCGAAUUUCUUUUCCAAAAAUUAGCUCUUCUGGAAUGGAGAUUGUAUUAGAAUUUAUUUAUACGGGAUCAAUUGAAGAAAGAACUUUAACAGAAGAUAAUAUAAUUGAAGUGUUUUACGCUGCAGAUUAUCUUCAAAUAACAGAUCUUCAAAAAUAUAUUGUAAAAAUUGUUAAUAAUACUUUCGAAACAGAAAAUUAUUUUCCGGAAUUAUUAUCUAAAAUUGCGGGAAUGAUGCCAUUAGCGGAAGAUAAUGCACUUCUUGAUUUAUUGAUUGAAAUGGUAGCAAUUAUUCCAUUAAAUACUAUUGAAUUUAGUCGAUUAUCUAUUGCAGGACUUCAAUAUCUUUUAUCAUAUACACAUGAAAAAGAAAAACCCUUUGUAACUCCAGAAUACGAAGUUUUUCGAUAUAGUGCUAUUUUAGCAGCAAAACAAGUUUCUAAUGAUGCUUUUAUAACUAUUAUGGAGCGGUUACCAACAUUGGAGCGGGUGGAGAAUUUAUUCCAAACAGAAAAUAAAUUUAUUACUGAUAAUCAAAAAAUUACUAAAGAAUUGGAACCUUUAGUUAAAUACAUUGAUUUUAAUCAAAUUAAAGGAAACAUUUUGACUGAUAUUAUUGAACCAUUAGAAAUAGUCUCGCCUAAAAUAAUACUAGAUGCUUAUCGACAAAAAGCAAGAUCACACAAGACAGAUUUAAACGGAAUUCGAGGAGUACACAUUAAUGAGUCUAAUUACACUUGGGAUGAGUCAUGUGAUUCAAGCCUUUUUAUUGAAGAAAAUGGAAAACUUGUUAGUGCGAAAAGUAAUUGUAAUCUCCAAACAUGUGUUAAAGCUAACUUAACAUUAGAAAAUCAAGGUAUUUUUGAAUGGGAUGUUAUUAUUGAAAAAUUGUGUGAAUAUGCUUGGAUUGGAGUUUGUGCGCCAGAAAAUUUUAAUUGCCUAGCCUUUGCAGGGUAUCAAACUACUGGAUGGGUACUAGGUUCUAAUGGUUUAUGUUGGAAUUCUCGUAAAGAAAUUCGUUAUUGUCUUCCGUUUGGAGAAGGAACGAGAAUUACUGUUCAUUUAGAUAUGAAUAAAAGAACUUGCGCUUUUACAGUCAAUGGUAUAAGGUAUCCUGAAGUAUCUACGUGGAAUAAUUUACCAUCAAAGCUUUAUCCAGUAGCAGGAUUAAUAUAUCCUGGUCGCUUUCGGAUUCAAUCUUAUAGAAAAGUUUGAUUUUUGAUUUAUAGUAUAUGGAGUACAGUGUAAUAGAUUGGCAUAUCAUUAAGUCUAUUUUUUUGGCUUAUAAAUAUAGUAUAUAUAGUGAUAUAGAAAUAGUGAAGUCGAUUAUUGUACAAAUGUAUUAUUAAAGUUUAUGCUGUAAAAAUAAUAUUUAGUGUAAAGUAAUUAUUUGGACAUCUUAAAUCCUUACAGCUAAUUGCAAAAGAAUGGACCACCCAAUUUAUUUUCGUUUCGAAGCUUCACACGCAUGACUGAUCGGCAUAAUUUAUAAUUCUGGCCAGAAUUUAGUUUUUUUUUGGCUUUCGCAAAAAAAUGGAAAUGAU